AUGUCCGAUAAUAAAAUACAUAAAUAUUUCAGUCGCAAAUAUAGUAAAUGGAACAUAGUUGGAUUUUUAAAUGAAUGUUAUAUAGAACCAUUCAAUUUAAAAAUAGACGCUUACCUUAAAGAUCUUGAAAUCAUUAAUAUGGAACGAGGAAAGAGACAACAAAAGGCACAUCAACUUCUUGACAGAUAUCGAAAGGCAUGUAAAGAUAAAUUGAAGUAUAGGUUGCUUGCCGAGCCACAAACCAGUGUUAGAGCCCAAGUAAUUUGCUUGAUUACUUGUCGUUCAAGGUUGUUUGCCGAUCUAACACUGGACCCAUUGGGUCCUAGACCAGAUUGUAAAGUCGCAAAAUCCUGGGAAGAGGACCGUACACAUAAACAAGUUCAUCUAUACCAACCGAUAAAUGGAAUAGUAAAUGGGUCAAUUAACACAUUUAACGGAGUAAUUAAUGGAGGGAAAUUUGAAAUUGUAAACGAACAAAAAAAUCCGCCUCUCAGAAGAACACCAAGAAAAACAAAUAAGGUAGAUUAUGCCGGAAAUUCAAAAAGAGUGAAUAAAGAGGAAAUAUCGGAUCAAAAUUCUGAAAUGCAUGACAACGAAGAUAUCGAUAAAAAAGUUUAUGACGAAGAGAAUACCAAGGAGAGAAAGAAGUUGGAGAAAAGUUCGAAAAGAAAAAGAGAUGAAUAUGAGCCGGAUUAUGAAGGAUUGUCGUUAUUAUUUGAUGAAACAAACAAAGAUGCCCUUGUGGAAAGUAUUGAUAAAAAAGUUCUUGGGCAAGAGAAUAUAUUACCACAAGCAAGUGAUAAUAGCGUCUCAGAGAAUCAACCAAAAAAUAUGGAUGCAAGUAUCAUUGAAGCCUUUCACGAAUACCAGAAGACAAUACCAAAAUCCUAUAAGAUUUUUACUCCUGCGUACUGGGGGGUUCUGGAUCUAACUGGAGAAAGCUUACAUGAUUGUAAACAGCUCAAAGAAGAAGAUAUAAUGCAACUAUCACAAGACUUUGCCAACAAAAUUUCCUGGAAAAAAAUGCCUCCAGAAGAGAAUAUACGAGAAUAUUUUGAUAGUAAUUGUGAGAAAAAGAAUGACAAUAUUAAAAAAUUGGCUGUCAACAUUCAGUUCAUGAAAAGCGAUGUAUAUAGUUUUCAAGGAAUGAUGACUGAGGAAGAAUUAAAAAUGAGUUCAGCAUUUCCAUUAUUUCGUGGAAUAUUUACUUCUGAUAGGAUUAAAAAUAUUUGGGGAGAAAUCCAAGCUUUACCCACAAAUUAUGCACGCAACGAAAAGGGAAAUCCAUUUAAAAAAGCACGUAUAGGAAGACGUGUAGAUAUGAAGAGCACCCUUUUCAAAACUUCUAAUAAAUUCGAGGUCAUUUAUGGAGAAGUAGCAGGGGGAUUGGGUCCACUUGGAAUACCCACUGCCUGUCGUAAAAAACGUUACCUCGAUAAGAUAAAACUAAUGAUAACAAUGCGCGAUGGCAUUAACAGACUACUAAAGGAAUUCAAACAUAUAGCAUCCGAGAAACGUAUGAAUCUAACUAUAUAUGGAUGGCUUCAAUUCGGUCUAGAACUGAAUUUUUAUGCCAUGGACUGGUCAUGUUCUGGUAUAUACAGAUUUGGCUUAAUCGACCAAUGCAGAUUACCAUCGGACGAAGAUGAAUUUGGGAUGCUUGAGGACGCGUACUGCAUUCUCAAAUUACUUGAAAAAAAAACACUUGAGAUUGAGAAAGUAGUCAAACAAUUAUAUUUAAAAAACAAAAGGGAAGAAGAUUGCACCCGAAACUGA